AAAGUUAUAUAGUAGUUUAAACAGGACGGGUGGUAGCGGUGGGCAGCUGUGGAGAGUGUUGGGGCUUUAUAACCAGCCGUGGAGUGGGUCGACUACCAGUGCUCGCUCGACCUCCGCGGUGUCGUGUCGUUCGCUCCUCACACUAUAUAACCUCACUAUGACUAUCCACCUACACUGACACGUCCAGUGGCCUAACCCACGUAUAGUGAUUGUUCGAUCUGUGGUUGUUUUGAUUGGCGACGAUUGGGGCAGUGAGUGUUCGUGUGUCUUCUUGAGGAUUUGAAUUGGACUUACUGAGGGAGAAUUAGAUGUCUCCCCUGAAGCCCUGGGUCAUCGCAGUGAUAGAAGGAACUGAAGACGUCUUUCCCACGAGUCGAGCGAGGCUGUGUGAGAGGCCCACCCCCCUCUCCCCCCCACCCUGCCCCCCCUCAAGGCUGUAACCAUGGCAACAGCGUUCUCAUCUUGAAACCAUGAACAACACGCCUACCCUUGUAACCAUGGGUCACCUUGGGCUGGCGUGCGACGGCGACGGGGUCGACCAUAUGUUGGAGGACCACCCCACUUACCUGGAGAGCUUCUGGAGGCUCCACCAGGAGCUCCUCUCUGGCGAUGGGCCCCUGCCUCACUCCCUCCGGCGCUACGUGGCCAUCAUGGCGGCAUGUCGACAUGACUGCAGCUACCUGGUGGAGGAGCAGAAGACUGCCUUCUUGGAAGCUGGUGGACCAGAGGAGUGGCUCCAAGGCCUGCAGUAUGCACCCAAGAAGCUACAGGACCUCCACCACACAAACAUCAUACUAGCCCACCAACCCUGGCUCUAUGAUAAGCAUCACGUGCUGAAACUGGUAAAGAGUGGUUGGUCAGUAAGUGAAAUAACACACGCAAUAUGCAUAAUGGCCCAAUUCCAUGCACUGUCGUCUUUUGUUCACGGAUGUGGCAUCGAGACUGCCUCCAGUGAUGUUCAAGUACAUUCAUCUCCCUUUGUACAGGCUUGUUCAUCGGGGUCGCCAAGCAGUCAAGAAUUAAGUGAAGGAGGAGUCGACAUUCUCCUCGAGCGUAUGAGAUCUCUCUCGCUCGCUCAGUCAGACUAUAACUGUAUUUCUGAGGAAUUAACAAGAGAAAGUUUUGAGAAGCUUAAGAAGCAAACGGCCAAUAUUUCGACUCCAGAAGUUGAGUGUACAAACGCUGCUCACUCGCGGUACAGUCACUUGUCGCCAGAUCCAGACUUCAUGUACGUGGAUUUCCACAAGAGAGGAGUGAAGUCAGCAGUCCCUACAGUGAAGUCACAGGACUGUUCAUGGGAGGAACAUGGCUUCUCACUUGUGAGUGAAUUAUACAAUGAAGUUGGAGAUCUUCUGGAUGACAAGUUCAAAACUGCCUAUAAUCUGACAUACUACACUUGUGGCCACAAGACGCAUGUAGAUACAUUUCUCUUCCGCCGGGGCGUGUGGAAUUAUCUUCACUGUCUAUAUGGUAUAAGACACGAUGAUUAUGACUACAGCCAAAUAAGCCAACUGUUGGAGAGAAAUCUCAAGAUGUUUCUGAAGACUGUGUCUUGCUUUCCUGAGCAGCUGACGUGUGCAAAUCCUGCUGCUACUGUCAUGAAGGGCUUCCUACAGAGUGAGAAAAUUCAUAUAAUGAUUCUGGUUUUGGAGGCCCGUCUUCAGGCUGAAUUACUUCAUGGUCUUCGAGCUCUUGGUCACUACCUAAUGUGAGAAGGCCAUUCUUGACUUGCACCGGCACAAUUCUCUCAAUUGUUCCUCAUUCUUCAUUAUGAAGUAUUAACAUGUGAUUUAGUGACAUACCGGUACAGAACUGUAUAUACUUGAAAAUAUUAAACAUAUUGAAAGUGGAGUCAAUGAAUCUAAUCAAGGUGAAAAUGACAAGGUGACAAAAAUUAUGAAAUAAUUAAAGUAGGAAGUGUAAAUGCAUACGGAUGCCUUAUGAAGUGAAAAUUUAAAUAUGUGUUGUCUGUGGAAUUGUGCAAACAUUGUUGAGACUGUGCAAUUGCAGUCAUAUAAACAUAAGGAUUUUGAAAAUGUAAAGAAAAUUGUGAUGUGGCAACUUUAACUUCAAAUAUGAUUUAUAAAACUUAUGAAUCUGUCAAAUAAAGCAAUAUAAAGCUUAAAGGUUUAAGCUUAAAUUUUUGCUUAUAAUAAACUUUGUAAUACAAAAUUUUAAGUGAAUUAUAAGUUAAGCCCUGUGAAGAGUAAGUGAAUCUUAACAAAAUUUCUUUCAAAAAUAGAAAUGGAGGAAGUGUGUUUCUCGGGAGAGAAGAAACUGUGUUGGUUAAGCUUUGCUGACAAAUGAAUGAGAUCUUUUCAGUUUGCUUUUAGACAAAGAAUACAGGUACUGUAUCUUGUAAGAAUUCUUGAUUAGGUGCCAGAACUACACCCAUGGGAAUUUAUGUAUACAAUGUGUAUUUCCAAAAUCAUGAUUUCAGGAUGAGCAUUUUAUCUGACAUAGUGGUUUUUAUUGUGAGCCUCAAGUGGCUGAAGCUGUAUAUUACAUUUCUGUGUCUAAAUGCUAUGCUUAAGACUGUAAGAUGCAUGCUUAUGAAUUUUACAGUUUUCAUUGAGAAUCUUUAACUGUAGGUUCUUUGAUGUAAAGCUAUUUAAAUAUUAAUGUUGAAUACUUAGCUGAAAGUUGGUCACUUACAAGGUCCCUCGUGAACCUACUGUUAUAAUCAUGUUAUAUUUGACAUUUUUCAGAGAACACAUCUACUUUAGGUAGAUGUGUUUCAACUCUUUGAAGAAAAGAAACAUUUUCCAUUAGUACCUAAUUUUAUUGUAAUACAUAUCUUUCAUAAAUGUUCAGAGACGAAGGAAUCUUGGAGUCUGUCUUGGGUGUCACUAAUUCUUGUAAUAUCUUCAGAGAGCCGUAAGACUGUAGCAUCUCUGUAUGAUGUUAUAAACUUCAACACUCAUCAUCAGUCUGAAUUUAUGAUCAAAGAUAAUAUAAAAUCAUUGCACAUUUUGUAAAUAGUUUAUUAUAAAUUUAAGAUCUGACAGUAUGUGGAUAGUGAUUAUGGUCACUGGUGUGAGAAUUUGGCAUGAGGCCAGGCGCUGGAAGCUGAUGCUUAUCUAUGCCUAGUUAUGUUCUCCAAACCUUAAGGGGGAGAGAACAGGUUGAUGAGCUUUGUUUUCAGUUAAACACUUUUUGGGUAAUAUCAGGCAGCAGUUAAAAUUUUAGAACAAAUCAAACCAGUCUACAGGAUUUGAGGAGAGAAGGGGCAAGUUGCAGGUCAAAUUGUUAAAAUAUCUUGAGCUAUGCAAAAUACAGUACUUAAUCUACAUUCGAUAUUUUAUAUGUACAGUACUCUGUUGGGUUCUGCUCUGGUAUAGUCUACUGAAUACACAAUUUAUCUGUUUUGUUUUUGUAUUCAGGUAAAAAGUGAAGUACUCGUGAGGUUUAAGCACAUGAAGGAAAGGAAGCUAAAAACCAGGUGGAAGUAUUGAGAGCGAGAGGGUACAUGUUGGUGAGACAGCAUUAUUCCUGGUAAAGGUCUCUCUCUCUCUCUUCUAGUACUGUCAGACAUGCUGCCUAUUGGUGAGUCAAGAGGCAGUGUCAUUCCCUAGUGUCAACAGGGAAUGAGCUCCAGCUCUUGGGUUUCCACCUCCUAAGUAUUUGGGACCCCACCCCCCAGAUAUUGGUUCUUGGUUGUUUUACUGUAUAUAUCUUGACGAUUGAGUUUUCUCUCACACUUGCUCUUGAAAAUGUGGAUGGAUAUGCUUGACUGCUUCUUCCAGAAUAUUCCUAUUGCUUACAACCUGAACCAUACUAAUAUUAGCUACAUCUGUCACACUCUUUUGUCUUAAUAACUUUGCCUGCAUCCUCUCCUAUUGUCAAAUUUUUGGUAAAUGUUUGUUCAUAUAUACAUGUCCUUCAGUAUUUUGUAUGCUGUUGUCAUGCCUCUGGUCCUUCUCCUUUCUAGGAUUGUUAUGCUGUUUCCUUAACUAGGAUUUAUAGCUUUGUUCAUUUAUUUAAAGCACCAGUCUUGUUGUAAAAUGAGUUUUUUCAGCCAUCUUGUGCUUCACAAGAUCGGGAUUCCAUAUCAGUGCUGCAUAGACCAAAACUGGCUUUCUAUAUGCUGUGUAUAUUGCCAUGAAAUUUCUGCUUAAGUUUUAAAAAGAUGUAUAUAUGUUUGCUAGUUGUCAUACACUGACAGUGUUACCCUACUUAAUGCUAAUGUUAUGCCUGUCUGUACUCCCCGACACCUUACUUCCUCCCGGGAGCUCCAUACUAGGGGGUGGCCAUAGCAGUCAUUUUUCCAGGAGGAUCUAUCAUCGCAAACAUUUCACUUUCGCCUUCUCUAACCCAUCCUCCACCAUUUCUUUCACAUAUUUGUCUGCCUCUACUAAAUACUUUUUUCUUUUUGAUUUCCAAGCUCUCAUGUUUUGUAAUGGCAUUCAAGUCACUUUGUUUUUUCCUCAACUUAACUUUUACAUUACCACGUGCUUGGUGAGAUGUAACUUAAAACAGCCAGUCGUGCGUCAACUUCUGCCGCUGAGUAAGGGGGCUCGUGCAGGUUCUUAACUGUAUGCCUAUGGGUAAGGAGAAUUUUGAGUUUCUGGUGAAAAACUCAAAAGUAUAUUUUUGAGUUUUCUCAUGAAAUAUCUACAUUGAAUAUUUCAACUGCAUUUUCUUAUCUUGGUCUCGAGAAAUCUCUUGAGAAAUUCGAAGUUCAUCGUUUUACACAUCUUCCUAAUCACUCUCCCCUGAAAGGUAUCACUUGAGGUUGGGUUAAGAACUUUUUUUCCCAGCCGGUUAUGGUGGUAAGAUAGGAUAAUAUCAAUUUUGUAUAACCUGUUUUCUUGUUUUUGAAGCUUAAGAUCAAAAUUCUAUUUUAAGACAGAAGUUUAACAAUAUUUCUAUUAGUCUAAUAUUUCUUGCUCAAAUAAGACAAAAUGUAUUGUCAUUAGUUAUGAAAUGUGUUUGCAAGUUGUGCGUUUAAGUGAUUCAGCAUUUUUUUGUAGCUAUUUGUACAGAGUGGUGGAGUUCAUUUUUGAUCAAUUGAAGCAAUCAAGAUUCACAGAUUUGCAACAGUAUUGUAUGAUGUAGGUAGUGUUAAUUUUGUUUAUAUUUCAGCUAGUUUUGUAGGAAAUUGCAUGUAUGCUUGUUUUGUCAAUGAAAGGCUGAUGUUAUAGAAUUAGUGUAUUUCAGAGGUACUUUAAGCUAUAUUUUUAUAAUACAGUAUAUCAUUGAUAAUCAUCCAAUACUGUAGUGGCAUAUUUCUUCCCAAGAAGUCUUGCAGAUUUGUUUUAUCUUGAGAAUUAUUUGUUAACAUGCUCUUUGAGGCUCCAUUAUUAGUUACAGGUAUUGCUCACUAUUUUAUUGCUCAUUAAAUAGUUAUACUUUUUUAAGCUUGUUGCUUCUAUUUGUGUUGAUCGUUAAGUCACUAUACUGUAUUUAUCAUUGCUCAAGUUUGUUUAAUGAUAAGGCUUGUAACUGGUGAUUGUUUGAAUGUUCGUAGUAUAUCUUCAGGUUGACCCAGCAUCACCUCUCAUCUCAUCAAUCAUUUUGCACUUAACAUAGGACAUCUUAAAAAAAUAUAUAAUAUAUAUAUACAGUAUAUAUAUAUAUAUAUACACACACACACUGUACCUGUAUAUAUAAAACAAUACUUGUAUGAUUUGCAACAUUUGUAGAGACUGCCUAGGAUGUGAAUACUCGAUAUGGUACAGUGCUGUAUUUAUAUUUUUUAUUUCUUAUUUGGAAAAAAAAGGCUCAAAUAGUGAGAGAUGACAAGUUUAUAUGAGUGUGUUGAGCUCAUCAUCGUAGGUCUCUGCUUGAAAAGUGAGCAACUGAUUACUCAUUUGGCAAGAAGUGAAUAUGGGAGGCUUUAGGUGGUAUGAUGUUGGGUGUGAAAGUUUUUUUUUUUUUUUUUUUUUAAUUUACCUUAGCGUAUGUAUAUUUUAGUGGUAUGAAGUGGAAGAGAGAAUUUAUCAUCUCUUAAAUUGUGGAAGUUUUUAUUUAAUACAAGUGAAUACUUAUUUCUGUUUCUUUAACAAAUUUUCACUGCUUAACUUAACUUUUUAAAUAUUUGAAUAUUGGUUAAUUUUACAUUCAACAAUGAUAUAUUGAUAUAAUGUAUAAAAUUUGUAGAUAGUUAAAUUGGCAAAAUAUCAACUUAUAUAUAAGGUAAUGUGCUUUAUGGGACAAGGAUUCCAGUGAUUGACAUGUACCUUUAACAGUUAUAUGUGAUCUUGUGCAUAAAAUUACUUGUUGAUGUUGCUGCUUGACUUCUGCAUAAGCUCCAUAUAGCUUUGAUUUCUUUAUCUGUGAUCUAAUUGUGCUGGCAAGUAUUAGAUCCAACACAAAAUAAUUUUUUGCAGCAAUAAACUAAUAUAUCUAUUGCAACCCCAGGAAUGCAAUUAAAGAAUUAUUUAAUUUCUCACUGUAUCUGUGAAAGAGAAAUAAGCUGAGUAUUACAGUAGCUGCUUAGUAUUGUAUAGUAUUACAGUAGCUGUUACUACGGGCUCACCAUAGCCCGUGCUGCUUUGGGACUUUUUGAUCUAACAACAACAAAGUAGCUGCUUAGUAUCGUAUAGUAUUACAGUAGCUGCUUAGUAUCUUAUAGUAUUACAGUAGCUGCUUAGUAAAGUAUAGUGUUACAAUAGCUGCAUACUACUGUAUAGUAUUACAGUAGCUGCUUAGUAUCGUAUAGUAUUACAGUAGCUGCUUAGUAAAGUAUAGUGUUACAAUAGCUGCAUACUACUGUAUAGUAUUACAGUAGCUGCUUAGUAUCGUAUAGUAUUACAGUAGCUGCUUAGUAUCGUAUAGUAUUACAGUAGCUGCUUAGUAAAGUAUAGUGUUACAAUAGCUGCAUACUACUGUAUAGUAUUACAGUAGCUGCUUAGUAAAGUAUGGUGUUACAAUAGCUGCAUACUACUGUAUAGUAUUACAGUAGUUGUGUAGUAAACAUUUGUAACCAAUUUGUUCAUCGUGGUGUAGCAGGGCAAGAUUGAUGAUAGUACAAUAUGCAAAUUUAUAAUUUAUAUUCCAAUAACUGUGAUCAUUGAUUGUUCAAAAGUAUUUAUUUUAUUCUUGACUCAUCUCCAUAUAUUUUGCAUUAUGGUUAGUUAUUAUUUGUGAACUCUAAAUAUUAUUUUAAAGAAAUUUUUAUUGUAUAAAUUGAUAUUAUAUUGUAUAAGAUUAAAAACAAGUGAUAGUUCGAGAUAUUUUUUGGUAAGUCAGCACAAUUGAACGUUGUGUGUGUGCAAUUGCGAAGACACUACUUUUUCAAAUUACAAUGCUUUUAACUGCAAGGAACACUUAUUGCUCAUGUCAGUAUCUCAAUAUGGACACACAUUCCGAGAAAUUAAAUGGUAACGUACGUGGUUUUAAGACUAUAGUAUUGGGCAUGCACAUCACUUUGCCAAGUCAGGGGUUUCAUUUCUGUUAAAGGGAAAUAUUUGAGUGUCUCAAUGUAACGUAUAUUCCUUCAUACCAUAAUUCGGUGGAUUUUACAGUGGUCACUUACAGAUCUUUCUUAUCAAAAUAUUUUCCUAGGUUAUUCAGCAGUGUCAUAUGCCUAUGAUUAAACACAUUUUGCUUUUUACUAAAAAAUGUGCCCACCGUGAGAGUCCCACAGAUGCUAUUAGAAGGGGACUUUCUUGCCUCUUGGAUAGUUUUAAUAUAGUGAUGGAAUUGUUAUUUCUGUGUUCUGUAAUAUGACACAGUUUUUUACAGUCAAGUUGAUGGCUUAGCACAAAGUUAAUACCUUCCUCUAGGCCCAGGUGAUGGUUGGCAUACUACUGUUAAUCCCUCCUAGCCCAGGUGGUGGUUGGCAUGCUGUUAAUCCCUCCCGGCCCAGGUGGUGGUGGUUGGCAUACUACUGUUAAUCCCUCUUGGCCCAGGUGGUGGUUAGCAUAUUGUUAAUCCCUCUUGGCCCAGGUGGUGAUUAGCAUAUUGUUAAUCCCCCUUGGCCCAGGUUGUGGCUGGCAUAUUGUUAAUCCCUCUUGGCCCAGGUGGUGGUUAGCAUAUUGUUAAUCCCUCUUGGGUAUUCACUAAUGGUAUUUACUCCAAUACGCCUGCUUUAAUAUUUUAAUAUAUAUAUCUGUGCACAUAUACAAGAGCAACUCUUACCAGUUUUUUUUUUGGGUAUAGUUUUGUGUGUGUGUAUGUACAAGGCAGUGGUAAUACUUUUUACAUUUGACAGCCAGGUAAAUGUGCGGUUUACUUCAGCAAAGAUUCGAAGUCACUGUUUUGAGUGUCUGGUUUGUGAAGAACAAAGAGGGAUUAACAAUAUGCUAACCACCACCUGGGCCAAGAGGGAUUAACAAUAUGCUAACCACCACCUGGGCCAAGAGGGAUUAACAAUAUGCUAACCACCACCUGGGCUAAGUUUUACAACUUAGAGCAGUGCUUGAUAUAUUUGCUUAUGAAUAUUGCUUUUGGUUGAGCAGCUUCACAUAAAGUUAUCACAAAUCUGUGGGAAUAAUUAUCAUUAGUUUGUGUUGAAUGGACUGUACAGUACUGGGUUUAUGGGAAGGGGAAGGGAAGAGAGAUCAUUUAAUUACAGUUCUCAUUUUUCUUUGUUAACUCUUGUACUAUGGUAAAUUUGUGUAUAUUAUUUGGAAAUUAAGAGAGAUGAAACACUUGUAUUGGGCUUUUGUAUGUUUUAAAAAUGAUAUGGUAGUUCCUUACAUUUUGUUUAGAUACUGUAAUUUCUAUUUAUGCUAUAUAUAUAUAUAAUAUUGCCUAAAAAUAUAUUUAGAUUGCCAAAGUCUGUAGAGCUUCCCUAUUACCUUUGUUUUCAAAGCUGAAAUACAACAUUUAGGAGGAUGUGUACAGGUAUUGCAUGAGCAACUGGUUAAAUUUAACUAUAUUUUGGUGUAAUGUAUCUGACAUUUUAACUAUGCAGCUAAUGUUGAAAACACACACUAAUACUUGGCAAGGAAUGUAUGCUGAAUAGCUCCAUGUACAUUGCAGUACUUGCAAGCAUUUUUUUUUAUACAUGGUACAAUAUUUUAAUAUAUAAUAUAGGAAAUUUUGUACAUGGAAUGAAUUGUUCAAUAUAAGUAAUAAUCUGGCACCAUGUAAUUUAAGGUCACCGUACAAGGAAAAUUUGCUUGUGAAAAAGAGUGGGACUUUUUAGGUGUUUUGUAAGCUUUUGGCAAUCUAUAUGCAAAAAAUGUAAUCAAACAAGACUAUGUUAGGAUUGAUGAUCUAACACAAACAAGACUGUGUUAGAUGUUGUCGGGAUUUGAUUCCAUACACUCACGGGGUGCUUAUAACAUCAACAGGCCAGUGUGGGAAUAGUACUUGUAAAAAAACAUAUUUUUAUAAAAUCAGCCAAUUUGGGAAGAUUGUGUAAUAAGUUGAUAGGUGUAUCGAGAGGCUAGAUGAAGUCGUCAUGUCCGAAUUUCUUGGAGGAUAUUAUCUUGGCAAAUUGUAUUACAGAUAAUUGUUGUGGCUAGCAAGUAUUAUUAACAGGAAGCCAGGAGAGGGGUUGACAUAUGAGAUAUUACAUAAAAAUUAAAAUCAGUCAGUAUAUGUUCCUGCAGCUGAUACAUAUUGCAGGGCUAUUUGAAUACAGCAGUAAGUACUUCAUGCACUUACUAGGGUAAAUCUAAUGCCAUCUUACAUAGUCAAGAAAGUGCCUGCAUCAUGAAAUAAUUUGUACUUAAAUUGUCCAUAUUUAUAUAAAUCAUUUAUUGAAGCCAAAAUUUAUUUACAGUGUUCAGCUUUUUGAAGAAAUUCUAGUAUAAAGGUCGGCAUAAAUAGUCAAUACAGUACUUAAAAGUCUCGAUUUAUUAUCUGGUUUUUAAUUUACAGAAUUAAGCAAAGAUUUUGUAUACCCAAGAGUAGAUACAGAAAAAAAUAUGUUAAAAGUUUUGUUUGUUAUCAAUAUUUGGUUGUGAAAAGAACUUUUUUUUUCUGUUACUGCAGAUUCAUUAAAGGCUUCUGGACUGCUUAUACUGUGUAUAUUAUAUUAUAUAUAUAUAUAUAUAUAUAUAUAUAUAUAUAUAUAUAUAUAUAUAUAUAUAUAUAUAUUUGCUCAAGGAAGUACCCUGUACUGUAUGUGUAUAUAGAUACUAAACUCUAUUGAAAGUUGUAAAGAUACCAGUGUUUUGAGAAUAUAACUGAAAUGGUUUACUUAAAUCAGCUAUGGUUAAAAAACAAAUACAGUGGGGUAAGUUAUGAAUUAUGAAUAAUAAUAUGCAUUGCACAUGCUCGAACGGCUCAAAAAGAUUUAGGAGAUCAAUAAAUUACGUUAAAAACAUGCAUACUGUUAUUUGUAUAAUUGUUAUUUAUCCUCAUGUAGUUACGAGUAAUAAUGUACAGUAUGUUCAAGAGAGGCAUACAUAAGUAUGAUAUAUAUUUGUGAUCACAUAGUUGUAUUUUGGCAUCAUGGGAUAUUCUAGACUUGAAGUUUUCACUGGUAAUUGUUUGCCUGUUUGCAACUAAUGUACAGUAUAUACUUCCUUGUCUCACUUGCUAACACCAUUGAAAACAUCUUGGAGUGUGUGUGGAUUACGUUAGUUGGAAAAACAUUUAUACUUUCCAGUUAUUCUGGCGUCGUGGACACAAGAAGUUUUGUUUCACACACGUUUACACUGUAAAUAAUUCAGUGAGUCGUAUUCUGUACUAAAUACGCACGUCUUUUGAGUCUCGAUAAAUCUUGAUAAUACGUUCGGCAAAUUUGCCUCUUUUGGUCUCUCUCGUCUUGUAUUUCUGCUUUUAUAUCGGCAUCCUAAACAAUCUAUAGGAACUCGAAUAUUCAUUAUUGAUAAUGCUAUAUAGCUAUACUGGUUUAGAACUUUGUGAUAAUUCAAUACCUGUACAUCCAACUUUUCUGUAUGUGGGGACAAAUCAUGGCUGCUGUGCAGUUAGUGUGUUGUAUUGUGCAAUAAAUUAAAGUGCGAUGCAAACUGGCCUAUUUGGUAUCUUGAUUUUUGAUCUUCGUUAAGUUUAUGACAUCGUAUUUGCAUGUAGAUAUUCUGCAUUAAUAAUCAUACAAUGUGUGCUUCUGUCCAAAACUGGUGAUAGUAUUGUGAGAGAGUAAAGUGUAUAUAUUGUAAACAUAAUGUAGAUUGCUUGUUUUUAAACAAGAUUGUGGUUAGUCAACUAUGAUCAUUGCUAAGAUGCAGUUUAUUUACUUUUUUUUAUUUUUUUUUUAUUUUGCAGUUUAGGAUCGGUAAUACAGUACCGACAGUUUUUUUUAUAUAAAUUGAUAGGACUAUUAACAGUAUUAGUCCUGGAUUGUUGUAGCUGGUUCCCAAGAAACCAUAUAUUUUAAUAUAUAUUAAACAUACAUAUGUAGAAUAAUUAAUAAAACAUUUAUAUAUAAAA